GAGAUUCCCACAGGGAGCCCUAACCUGGGCUCGAGUCUCGCCCCCAUCAGAUAGGAUGCCGGUGGGCAGAUUUGUCUGCUGAGUUACAGUUUCCUCCUCUGUUGCUGGGACGUCACCUUGAGCCCUGUCAUCUUCCCAGACCAGUGUGUGAAUUGAGAGCAUUUGCCCUCCCUGAAGUGCCCGGGGGCGGGUGGGGUCGGCGCUGAAGGCUGUGUAGGGCCCUUGCUGCGGGAGCGGUGCUGAGGGGCCCUCCGGGAAGGCUUCAUGGAGAAGAUACCCGCUGACUGGAAGGAGAGGGAGGGAUUCAGCAGACGAUGGUGGAAGUGGAGGACAUUAGGGCAAGUGUGUGAGCAAAAGCCGGCCAGAGGGCUGGACCUGACAUUGCUGGUGACUGCAUCCCUCUCCCUGCUUUUCCUGGCCCAGCUCUCCCUCCGGACCGUGAACUCCUCCCGCUCGGCCUAUGCCUGCUUCCUCUUUGCCCCGCUCUUCUUCCAGCAGUACCAGGUGGCCACCCCUGGUCAGGACCCGCUGCGCUGUAAGAUCCUGAUGAAGUCGUUCCUCUCAGUCUUCCGCUCGCUGGCGAUGCUGGAGAAGACCGUGGAGAAAUGCUGCAUCUCCCUGAAUGGCAGGAGCAGCCGCCUGGUAGUUCAGCUGUACUGCAAAUACGGGGUGAGGAAGACUCACAACCUGUCCUUCCAGGACUGCGAGUCCCUGCAGGCUGUCUUCGACCCAGCCGUGUGCCCCCAUGUGCUCCGUGCCCCAGCAAGGGUCCUGGGGGAGGCUGUUCUGCCCUUCCCCCCUGCGCUGGCCGAAGUGACGCUGGGGAUUGGCCGUGGCCACAGGGUCAUCCUGCGUAGCUACCAGGAGGAGGCAGGUGAGGGAACCAGACAUGGCCUGGGGCAGGGGGCAGAGAUGGGCUGGGAUGGGGCAGGGCCCAGGUUUCCUCCUGUUGCUGUCCCCACAGACAGCACCGUCAAAGCCAUGGUGACCGAGAUGAGCAUCGGGGGGGAGGAUUUCCAGCAGCUGCAGGCCCAAGAAGGGGUGGCCAUCACUUUCUGCCUCAAGGAAUUCCGGGGGCUCCUGAGCUUCGCUGACUCAGCGAACUUGUCUCUCAGCAUUUACUUCGAUGGCCCGGGCAGGCCAGCCAUCUUUGCCAUCAAGGACUCUCUGCUAGACGGCCACUUUGUCCUGGCCACGCUCUCAGAGCCGGACCCUCACCCCCAGGACCUACGUGCCCCGGAGCUCCAGCGGCCAGCGCCUCAGCUUCAGGCUGACAGCACACCCCACCUGGACGACUUUGCCCUUGACGACAUUGACUCGUACAUGAUCGCCAUGGAAACCACCGUGGGCAGUGAGGGCUCACGGACACUGCCCUCCACCUCCCUUUCACCUGGCCUCCAGCCCCCCUGUAGCCCUGGCUCCCACUCAGAGGAGGAAGAUGACACCGAGCCCAGCACCGUGCCUGGGACUCCCCCACCCAAGAAGUUCCGCUCGCUGUUCUUUGGCUCCAUCCUGGCCCCUGCACACUCUCCCCAGGGCCCCAGCCCCGUGCUGGCUGAAGACAGUGAGGGGGAAGGCUGAGCCGAGAAGUCCUUGGAGGACUGGACCAGAGGAAGCCCCAGCCUCCCCAUCUCCCAGCGCCAACCAGGGGCGGGGCCAGCUCUCCUCCAGGGUGGGUGGUAGAGGUGGGCUGCGCUGGAGCUCAGCUGGCCGGUCCUGCCGCCUCCCCCAGGCCCUGCUCGGCUAUCUGUGACUGGUCUGGGUCCUGUCGUCUCCCUUCAGCCCCCAGUCCAUCAUGUCUGUUCCCAGUGUUGGUGCUGAGCUGCCACCUGCUGGGAGGUCCCUCACCUCUUAAUCCAACCAUGUGGCCAGGGUCGGGGGCCUGCCCUCUCUAAGCCCACCUCCCUAAGGAAAAACCACGGUGGGGCUGCUGGCCCUUGCUGAUCCACCUUCUCUGCCAAUCAGGACCUGUCCCUCCCUCAAAUCCUGGGUACACCUCGGGGAUCCCCUGUGGCCGGUACACACUGUUUUGCUUGCUUUUCCAAAGCUCUCUGGCCCUGGCUUGGAAAUUCCAAGGGUCCCUGUGACCUGAGCAUGUGGCUGGUGUUUCCCUGGCUGGGGCCCCAUGCCCAGCAAGCCUCCCAAGUGGCCCUAGGCAGAAGGGUCGCCAGGCGCGGCAUUUGGGACGAGGGAGACAGACGCCAUGGCGAGAAUCCAGCUUUGACCUUUAUUCGAGAGACCAGAUGGGUCGCCCCAGGAUCCGGCUGCCAGCCCUGAGGCCAAGCAAGGCUGGAGACCCACAAUCUGGCCCUGCUCUGCCCUGAGCUGCAGCCUCAGCCCCAGGAUCCUGCCUGCAGCCACUGCAGGUGCAGGUGGAAGGAGCCCUGGGGGUUUGGACGCUGCUAUUGAUUCAUAAAAAAAAGAAAAAUACACCAAGGCUCCGUGUUCCCUGUGACAGGCGGCCCUAGGGGGCCAGCACGAACCCUCACAGCACGUGAUUUCUGUACAAUCCACCAUCUGGGGCAGAGGGCGGGCACACAGAGGCUAUUUCUUGGCUUUGGCGGAGUUGCGGGGUGGGGUGAUGGGCCGGCCUCCAGGGUUCAGGCCGCUGAACUGCCCAUAUUUCCCCUUGUUCUUGUCGGCGGGCUUGAGGAUCUAAAAGAGGCAAGCUGGUCAGGCUCAUGGGGCUGAGCCAUGGGCCCCCCACCCCUUCCGUCCCCAUCUCUAGCCCCACCUGGAAGGAGCACAUGAGCGUCUCGUCCACGCUCAUCAUAGCGCCUGCGUUGUCAAACUCGCCACAGUAGUUAGGAGCUGAGAAGAGUGUCACCAGCUGCCGCUUGGCAAAGAACUCAUAGCCAUCUUCUACCACCUGGACGAGGGUGGGGGCAGUUAGUCCAGCAGGUGCUGCUGCCCGGCCCCCGCUGCCACCCCGACCAGGGCUGCCAGCCCACCUGGUGUGCCCGGCAGAUGAGAUCCAGGUCGUGCUUGUGCAGGAACUUGGCCACGACCUCAGCUCCAAAGGUAAAGGAGACGCCACGGUCAUUCUCACCCCAGCCCUGCACGUCCUUGUCAGGGUCAGACCACAGCAGGUCACACAGCAGGCCCUGGUCUGGCACGUCUGUGGGCCGCAUGAUACGCCGGAUCUGCUCCAUGGACUGUAGGUCCGGGGACAGGCCUGGGGGGCACCGGGGGCAGGUCACUUCCUCAAGCCUCAAAACAAGGGCCCUCCCUCCUCCAGAAAGCCUUUGCCAA